ACCACUUUUUCAUCUUUAUAUUCAAACUAAUAUUAGAAAAUAUGGCUAAUAUAUUUUUUUUAUUUUUUAUAGUUACACCAAAGCAAAUUGAGCGAUUAUAUUCCCGGUUUACUUCAUUGGAUCGCGGUGAUUGUGGAACAUUGUCUCGUGAUGACUUCCUCAGAAUACCAGAAUUGGCAAUUAAUCCAUUAUGCGAACGAAUUGUUCACGCCUUCUUUGCCGACAGCACAGAUGAUCGUGUAAAUUUCAGACAAUUCAUGAACGUGCUGGCACAUUUCAGGCCGAUACAAGUGAAAAAGGAAAACAGACUAAACAGUCGAGAAGAGAAAUUGAAAUUUGCCUUCAAAAUGUACGAUUUGGAUGAUGAUGGCGUAAUUAGUAGGGACGAACUACUGAGCAUAUUGCACAUGAUGGUCGGAGCGAAUAUAAGUCAGGACCAAUUGAUCAGCAUAGCUGAACGCACAAUCCUAGAGGCCGAUCUGUGUUGCCAAGGAAAAAUUUCUUUUGAGGAUUUUUGCAAGGCACUGGAACGUACCGAUGUGGAGCAGAAAAUGUCAAUCCGUUUUCUAAAUUAGUGAAAAAAGCCAUAGGCAUGGAAUUAUAAUAAUGGCAUAAUGAAACUAGAAAAAUUGAUCAAAGAGCAGCAGGCAAUUAAUUACUUUUGAAUUUAGAAAAGUAUUAUUUUUAAUGUAUAUUAAUUAACCUUGUUAAUAUUAUUUCGUCAAAGCAAACACAUUUUGAUAUUAAAUUCUAAUAGCAUAAUUUCAUUCCGUUUUUUCUAUAAUUUUCUGCUUUUGCUAUUUUGCAUUUGUAAAGUUAUUUGAAGCUUUUUCAAUUUACUUAAACUUUAUUUUUGUCUUAUUCAAGUAGUUUUAAGCACAAAGAUUGAUGUAUUUACGAAUUAUUAUGUAUUUUUCGAUUGCAUAAAGCUAAAAUAUAUACUGAAGUCAGAAGUCAGAAUUU